CACGAAUAUGGAUAUUAUUUAUAAAAUAGUGAUUUUAAUCCAAACUUGAUAUCUCAGUUUUUGCAUAUUUUUUUUUAAUUUAAAUGGAUACAGUAAAAAUAUGCAGAGCCUGUCUGUCACCAGAAGAUCGAGUGCAUCUACUAGAUUGGUACCAGCCUAUCGACUCCUCCAGAUGCGAUUUAUCAUACAAAGAGUGUUUUUGUAAGUGCACACAAAUUAAUCUCAGUUUAAAGGAUGAUCCAAGCGAAUCUGAUGAAACCCGAACGCAAUACUUAUGCUCUUGUUGCGCACAGAAACUUAAAGAUGCUUAUGAUUUUAUUGAAAAAGCGAGGAGAGCUGAUAAUGAAUUGCGUUGCGCGAAGAACGAGAAAGUGAAAUUGGAGGGCGUGGAAAAUAAAUUUGAGUGGGUUCCAGUAGAAGUGAAGAAAGUGAAGAUAAAUAAGCCAGGACGGGAAGCAGCUGAGGAACACCCUGAAGAUGUAAAGGUCACAUAUACGUGGAAUGAGAACUCAAUGGACGAUAAUGGAAUAGCUAUUUCAGAUGACUUCGAACAUGGGGACAACAUUGAUAAAAAAUUGGCAAACGAAUCGGAUGAGAAUUGCAUGGACGAAUUUAGGAAGCUGAAUGAAGAUGAACGAAAAAAUUUGAAAAAUUUUAAGAAAAGAGGCAAAGUGAAAAAUAAGUCCGAUCGUUCUGGGAAACAUUUCAAAAGAUUGGACGAGCUUGUGAAUUGCGACGAAUGUCAGAAAACCAUGACGAGAAAAGCUUUGAGAAAACAUAAGCCCCGUCACAAGCCCAAAAUUUUUCUUUGUCAAGCCUGCCCCAAAACAUUUAGUGAAGCAAGUGGUCUAAAAAAUCACGAACUUAUCCACAGAGAAAAUCGGGAGAGAUAUCCGUGUGACAAAUGUAAUCAAACAUUCUUAUCAAGGUAUUCAUACAAAAAACACAUUCAGACGCAUGAAAGCAACCGGAAACCGAUAUAUCAAUGCACUCAGUGCGAAAAAUCAUUUCUUCAUAAAAACGGUCUAACAAUUCAUGAACUUCAUCACAAAGGAGCCACAAUAGAAUGCAAUAUUUGCCAAAAACGAUAUGUGCGACAAAUAGACUUGGACACCCAUUUGCGAACUCAUUCGGGAGAAUCUCCGUUUGUAUGUCAUAUAUGUGAUAAAUCGUUUAUCCACAAACGAAUCUUAAAUAGGCACUUGCAAUAUCAUGAGGGAUACUUCAGUUACACUUGCUUAACUUGUGGAGCAAAAUUCUCAAAAUAUGACAAAUACUAUUCACAUCGCAUGCAGCACACUGGUUUACCUUAUAAAUGUGGCUCAUGUGAAAAACAAUUUCCAGAUGCUUACAAAAUUAAGCGCCACAUCAGAGGGGUCCACAAGAUUGAACAGGAUAAAGAAGUAGAAAAACUCGUAGUGAGAAUAAAUAUAACAAAGGAACAUAGAGGACGAAUAGUUGAAAUUUUGAAGAAUCCAGAAAAUGAAAAAUAAUAUUAAUUACAGAUCCAUCAAUCGGUUAUGCAAAACAUUUAUUCGAAGCGCUUUGAAAUAAACUUUAGCCGGAUUUAUGACAUCAAUUAAAUUAUCAUUUAAA